AUGAAUUCUUGCCAAAAAGUGCAUCAUUAAAACAGCAAAAUUAUUGGUAUUUGCCAAUAAUGUAAGUAGACUUAUUUGGGUUGUAAGUUUUGUUUUGCCGAAGUCCAUUAUAUGCAUAUUGAUGAUUUUCUAUUAAAUGAUAAUAUUCUCUUAAUCAUAGAGUCAGUACUAGAGAAAAUGGAAAUGGCAAAACAAUAUUUGGAGUAGAAAAAUUUGUAAAUAAAUGAACAGUUUAAUUCAUUUAUUCAAGCCAAAUACACUUAGCUUUAAAAGAUAAAAUCCCAUCUCUUAAAUCAAAAUUUACAAAAUCUAUUAAAUUUGGAGUUUCUUAUUACAAUAAAUUAGGACUACAUUUUAUAUGAUAUCUUGGCUUAUUUGAAAUUAUCGUCAGAGCUCUUUUCUUAAUAGUAAAUAGAAAAUAUUCGAUAAGUUUUUGUUAAUCAAUUCCAAAAUGUCUAAUAAGAAUAUUAAAUUAUACUAAUGUUCGAUAAAAGUUGCCUAUUAUAUUCAAUUCAAAAAUAUGAGAAAGCACUUUAAAUAUCCUCUAAAAUACUAAAAUUAACAUAGAAAAUAUAUUUUCUAAAUAAAAACAUUCUAGAAUUUAAUAAGGAAAUCAAAUUGAAAUCUAAUAGUUAUAAAUGGAGUUUAGAAUGUUUGUUUGGGAGAAAUCUAUAUUUAAUCAAAGAAUACAAAAAGAGUCUUGAUUUCUUUUAGAAAUUGAGAAAUAACAAUACUAAUUAAUAAAUCCUAAAGGAAAGUUCUCUGUACAUAAGCCUCAACUUAAUGUAGUUGAAUAAAAAUGAAGAUGCAAUAAAUUACCUUUCUAUGUAUAGUAAAAUAGACUCAACUAAUUUACUCAUAAAUCUUUUUGAAGCUUUUGCUUUAGAAAGAUUUGGGAAGUUAGAGUUUGCUCUUUAAAAAUAUAAAUUAAUGGCUCAAAAAACAAAUAAAUCCUUUUAUAAUCUACUCUAUGGUAACUAAUUUAAAAUUAAAUUAACAGGAAAAGUCUUACUCAAUUGCAAGAAGUUUCACUAAGCCCAAGAAAUAUUUGAUAAAGUUAUUGAGCAUAGGAAUUUGAAAGAGAUUGCCUAAGUUUACAAAUGUUUGACUCUAUUAAAUCAAAAUGAACUUGAAUCAGCUAUGAAAUAAUCAGAAACGCUGAUUGAUACUAAUCAAAACAGUGUUUAUGGAUGUCUACUGAAAGGUAUUAUCUUACAAAUGUAAGAUAAAAUAGAAGAUGUUAAUGCAAUGAGCAAAUACAUAAAUUAACAAUUCCCUGAUAAUGGAUGGAACUAUUUUUUUUAAAGUUAUGUUUUAAUUUUAGAUUCUAAAUUUGAAUAAGCAUAGAUCUUUUUAGAGAAGAUCUCUGGCGAGAAACAUAAGCUUCUAUUUUUCAAAGUUUUAUUUUUACUUAAGCUUAAUAAAAUUCAAGAGGCUUUUGAGAUCAUUUAGUAAUUGAAUAAGGAAGAUUAAUAUAUUGCUCUCUUAAAAGAAGCAUUUUUGAUUAUAAAAGAAAAUGGAUAGGCUAAAAUUGGGAUAUUGUAAUUUAAAAGGCUAUUUGAAAUCAACCCUUAGGAUUAUAUGGCUAUGCAUUAUUAAGGUAUUCUUUCUCAUCGUUAUGUAGGAUACUGUUUCUAUCUUGAAUUAUCAUACAGUUAAGCAAUUGAGUGUUUUAACGAAGCUAUAAAGCUGAAACCAGACCUCGCUGAAUCAUACUUUUAUAAAGGCGAAUCCUUAUUUAGAGAGUUAGAAUUUUCAAAGGCAUUGGAUUGUUACAUUAUUGCAAGCAAGAAUGAAGAAUUUAAUAAUGAAUAAGUAAACUUUUAGAAAGGAAAUCUUAAUUUAUUUUUAUCUCAAUUUGAAUUCGCCUUAUCAUCUUAUGAAGAUUCUAAGUCAAUAGAUUUGGCUUCUAUUAUGAAGGCUGUAAUCGAUUGGUAUCAAAAAAAAUUUUAAGAAGCAUCAGUAGAAGCUGAAAGAAAGAAGGAUAGAUACAAAUAGCUCUUUUUUAUGUUAGGAAUGUUGUAUAAUGAAUUAGGAAAUAAAUAAUUUGCUCAGUAUUAUUAAGAUCAAUUCAAGACUAUGAAUCAGCUUGGAACCUAUAAUUUUCACAAGGGAAAUUACUAAAAUGGUAAAGUUUUUAUUAAAUAUAUGGAAAGGAAUUCUCAAAGUUUUGAAAAAUUAUCCGAUAGGGAAUAUGAAAUACUGAAAUAUGCGGCAUGGUUUUUAGAUUAAUAAGCUAAAGAAAUUAGUUUAUGCAAAGCUUAAUGGAAAUGUCCAAAAUUCUUUUAUUAAUCAAUAAAUAUUGAAUAGAAUAGGAAUAUAAAUGAGGAGUUAUUAAAGCACUUUGCUAAAUAUCCAGUAAUUUGA